AAGACCAAAUUACUCACAAGAAUCAUCACAUUCGCUACAGUAAGAGAGAGAGAGAGAGAAAGAUGGCUCCCACGUACACGAUGGCCGGAGGCAAGGGUCCGAACAGCUACAGUCAGCACUCAACGUAUCAGAGAGCAUUACUUGAAGUCGCAAAGGAAAAGAUCAAUGAAGCUAUCUCCACCAAACUCGACAUCAACGCAGCUUCCAAUCGCUUUAACAUAGCAGAUUUCGGAUGUUCUACUGGACCUAACACUUUUCUUGCAGUACAAAACAUAAUAGAUGCUGUGGAACAAAAGUAUCGUAAAGAAACUCAGCCAAAACCGGACGAUAACAUUGAGUUCCAAGUUCUCUUCAACGAUCAUACCAACAAUGAUUUCAACACUCUAUUCCAAACGCUCCCUCCGUCCAAGAAAUACUUUGCUGCUGGAGUUCCGGGUUCUUUCUUCGGCCGUGUUCUCCCUCGAGACAGCCUCCAUGUGGGGCAUUGUUCUUACUCACUUCAUUGGUUGUCCCAAGUUCCCAAAGGGAUCGCGGACGGGAACUCUCCCGCGUGGAACAAGGACAUUCAUUGCACUGGAUUCUCGAAGGAGGUCGCUGAAGCCUACCUUGAUCAAUUCAAGAUCGAUAUGGGAACUUUCUUGAAAGCAAGAGGAGAAGAACUCGUGUCCGGGGGCUUGCUAUUUCUUCUUGGAUCAUGUCUACCGGAUGGAGGAUUAAUCGACCAAGAAGAGCUAGACUCUCUCAAUUUUCCAAUCUAUCCGGCACACGUUGCAGAAUUCAAGAGUGUCAUUAAGGACAACGGGUGUUUCACAAUAGAAGCGUUUGAGAAAAUUAGUCAUGCCAACGAAGAAAUGCCUUUGGAUCCGGAGUUCUUGGCAACCACAAACAAAGUUACAUUUGGAGGAGUUCUUGAGUCACGAUUUGGUAAAGAGGCAAUGGAGAAGACAAUGGAGCGUAUUGAGGAGAAGUGUCCAGAGAUACUUCCGCAACUUGCGAAUGCCAAACCCGGAAUGCAAUAUUUCAUUGUGCUUCGUAGGAUCUGAUUCGUAGAUGAUCAAAUGAAAGAUUGUGAUGUUUGUUGUUGGCUUGCAGAUUUUUUUUGUCAAAAUUCUGCUCGUCCGCAAGAUUACCAAUAUGCUACGAUGAAACCGAAUAAUUGAUGAUAAUUAUAAAAAAAAAUAUGUGUAAGAGUCUUUUUUUUUCCUAAAUAAUUGUUUCAUGGA